AUGGAGUGCCCUGUGUGCCAGAAGAUGCAGAACAAGGCUCAGUGGCAGCCGGCUCAGUGGAAAGCCCGAGCAGCAUGCUUGCCGGAUGGGCGCAAUUGUUGCAAGCAAUGUGACCAGGAUGGGGCCUGCAUCACCCGCCAAAUGCAGCAGCAAGUCAGGGCACUUUUGCAGUCCGUGUGCGAGCUCCGGAUUCGGAUGGAUGAUUUGGUGGCCGACCUCUCCGAGAUUCUGAUCCGGUUGCAUGGGCAAGGCACUGCUGUUUUGGACCAACAGCAUGACAAAUUCCAUAAAAAAAGGGCGAGGCAAAACAUCCGGGCGGUUGGCAACGACGUGCUCAAGUAUGGGAUGAUGCUGUUGGCGCCAAGGGCUGUGGAAGAAACUGGCGUCACACAAAAGUUGUCGGCAGGACGGUUAAUGGAAGCUGCAUUGUACCAGUUUCUUAUUGUCAAGAACUCCCGGCCGGAGUUCCAGCUUAUGAGGCUCGUGCAGUAUUUCCUGGAAGACCUGCACGACUUGUGUGCGCUGGCAAAAAUCGUGACGUUCCUGUCCUGGGAAGACUUGUCGGAGAGCUUGCAGGCGAUCCUCACUGCGGAACCCCGGGACCCCGGCCCCGGCUCGGCCUUGUGUGAUGCUGCAGCAUCCGACAGCGACGAUUGA